CUGUGUGACACCUACCCCACCGUGCUAGCUGUGCCCUUUAAAAGUAAAGAAGAAGACCUUAGGAGGGUGGCUGCCUUUCGGUCAAGGGGACGCAUACCGGUCCUGUCUUGGAUCCACCGGGAGAACCAGGCGGUGAUUGCCCGCUGCAGCCAGCCCCUGGUCGGCAUGUCCGGGAAAAGAAACAAAGAUGACGAGCGCUACUUGGACCUGAUCAGGGAGGCCAAUGACACCACAAAGCUCACCAUAUUUGAUGCUCGACCCAGCGUCAAUGCAGUAGCCAACAAGGCCACCGGAGGUGGAUAUGAAGGUGACGAAUAUCAAAACGCAGAGCUCGUCUUCCUGGAUAUCCAGAACAUACAUGUCAUGAGGGAGUCCCUGAAGAAACUGAAAGACAUCGUCUACCCCAAUGUGGAGGAGUCCCACUGGCUGUCCAGCCUGGAGUCCACACACUGGCUGGAGCACGUUAAGCUUGUGUUGUCGGGGGCCAUCCAGGUGGCCGACAAAGUCUCAAGUGGAAACUCGGUGGUGGUCCACUGCAGCGACGGCUGGGACAGAACAGCCCAGCUCACAUCGCUGGCCAUGCUGAUGCUGGACAGCCACUACCGCACCCUCAGGGGGUUCCAGGUCCUCAUUGAAAAGGAAUGGAUCAGCUUUGGCCACAAGUUUGCCUCAAGGAUAGGUCACGGUGACAAAAACCAUGCAGAUCAGGACAGAUCACCCAUUUUUGUGCAGUUCAUCGACUGUGUGUGGCAGAUGACUAAACAGUUUCCUACAGCCUUUGAGUUUAAUGAGCACCUCCUGUUGACAAUCCUGGAUCAUCUGUACAGCUGUCGCUUUGGGACUUUCCUCUUCAACUGUGAGAGUGCACGAGACCAGCAGGAGGUGAGGUCGAAGACCGUGUCCCUGUGGUCACUGGUCAACAGCAAGAUGGAGAAUUACCUAAACCCCUUCUACACCCCGGAGUCGGGCCGGGUCCUCUAUCCCGUGGCCAGCAUGCGCCACUUGGAGCUGUGGGUGACGUACUACAUCCGCUGGAACCCCCGCAUCCGACAGCAGCAGCAGAGCCCGGUGGAGCAGCGCUACAGGGAGCUCCUGGCCCUCAGAGACGAAUACUUGAAGAAACUGGAGCAGCUGCAGUUGUCCGACUCCUCCACCUCCUCCCACCUGACUAACUCCAGCCCCCCCAACACCGCCUCCUCCCCGUCACAGCAGAAGGUGGUGAGUGAGGAUGCUGGUAAAGUCCCGGCGUUCCACCAGCAGCUCCUUCAGAGUGGGGGGGUGGAAGCUGGUGGGGCGAGUUCUCUGAAAAGGGACGGCAUGUCCAGUGAAGGUGCCUUAGUCCAGGGGACGGGGGGGUGGACAGCAGCUUUGGUUGUUAUCUCUGGAGCCCCCCCCAGCCCGGUGCUCCCGGAGUCUGCCGCCCCGCCCCCACCCCCCCACCACCGCCCCGGAAAGAUGGAGAAGCAGAGCCCGGCCGCCGGGGCCGCGGACCCGGCCGGAGCCCACCGGAAGCCCCGCGGCCCGCCGCCCUGCCCGCCGCCCGCCGCCGACGGCCCGGACAGGUCAGUGGUGACCCGGCCCGGUCCGGUCCGGUCCGGUGUCUCGGUUACCGGGACGGGUCCGGUGAGGAGCACCGGAACCGUCUCCGGGGCCGAGGCUCGGCUCAGAGCAGGAUGUUUCCGCGCGGAUGUCGCGCUCAGAGCUCCGCGCAGACUCUGGCCCUCAGGCUGGGGUUUGGUUUCCUCCACCUUCAACCGGAAGCUGGAGGAAACCAAACGGCAGCUCCACAGAGAGCUGAACCUCCACCCGAUGGAGAGGAGGGACGCUCUGAGACUUCCGACGGGUUCUCACGUGGAGUGGUGUAAACAGCUUAUAGCGGCCACAAUCUCCAGCCAGAUGUCACGACCCGGCCAGCCAGAUGUGACCAGAGACAUGAAGGUAACCAAGAGGCUGACUCACAUGAAGCUUCCAGCUCUGGGAUACAGAGCACAGGUCAAAAUGUUCCAUAACCAGGUGCCUCUUCUGCCAGGAGAGACCAUCCAGGUCACAGUGAAGGAUGUGAUGUACAUCUGUCCAUUCAGCGGUCUGGUCAAUGGCACGCUCACCAUCACAAACUACAAGCUGUACUUCACCAAAGUGGAAAAGGAGUUCCCAUUCGUUCUCGAUGUGAACCUGGGAGUUAUCAGCAGACUAGAGGCAAUCGGCCAUCUCUCCAACCAGGAGGAGAACACAAAGGGACUGGAGCUGGUCUGCAAGGACAUGAGGAAUCUAAGGUUCGCCUAUCAGACAGAGGAGACUCAGCCAGAUGUGGUAGAGGUCCUGUCCAAACAUGCCUUCCCUCUCUCACACAACCAACCCCUCUUUGCAUUCCUGUAUAAGGAGCUCUUCCCGGUGGACGGCUGGAAGGUGUACGACGCAGCAGCAGAGUACCGGCGUCAGGGUCUCCCGAAUGAAAGCUGGACCAUCAGUAAGAUCAACAGCAACUAUGAGCUGUGUGACACCUACCCCUCCAUCCUGGUCAUCCCCACCAACAUCACAGAGGAGGACAUCAGGCAGGGGGCUUCGUUCAGAGCCAAACACCGCCUACCGGUGUUGUCCUGGAUCCACCCUGAGACUCAGGCCGCCGUUAUCCGCUGUAGCCAGCCGCUGGUCGGACCUUCAGACCGGCGCUGCAAAGAGGACGAACAUUUACUCCAGGUCAUCAUGGAUGCCAACGCCCAGUCCCACAAGCUCACCGUCUUCGAUGCCCGGCAGAGCAGCGUGGCUGAGACCAACAAGUGA